AUGGUGUCUCCAAGAAUCCUCGUUGUUUUAACUAGCUUCGGAUAUAUCCAAAGCAUUCAGCGUCACACCGGCUGGUAUCUGCCCGAACUAGCACAUCCUUACGACAUCCUUCACGAGAAGGCUGAGCUCAUGGUUGCAUCUCCAAAUGGAGGAGUAUCGCCUGUCGACCCCGAGUCUGUUGAAUCUUUCUGGAGCGAUGAUAUCUCUCGUAAUUUCUACGAAAACGAGAAAUAUAUCUGGGAAAACACAACGGCGCUCAAGGACUUCAUGGGCCACACGGCGGAGUUUGACGCCAUCUUCUUCCCCGGCGGCCACGGGCCAAUGUUUGAUCUCACUGUGAACAAGGAUGCCACCCAGCUGAUCGAGGAAUUCUAUGCUGCCGGGAAGGUUGUGGCCGCCGUUUGCCACGGCCCGGCAGUCUUCUCCAACGCUUUUGUCGGUGCUCAGCCGCUUCUCAAUGGUCGAAAGGUCACGGGCUUCUCCAACGUGGAGGAGGAGCUAAUGAACUUGACGACUGCUAUGCCUUUCCUGUUGGAGGAUGCGCUGAAACAGAGGUUCGGCAGCUAUGAGAAGGCCAAAGAGCCUUGGGGUGAGCAUAUCGUGGUGGAUGGUCGGCUCAUUACCGGUCAGAACCCAGCUUCGGCUAAGGGAGUCGCCGAAGAGAUUGCCAAAGCUCUGGGGAUCUGA